AAAAUUCCUCACUUUCAAACCAUUGAAUAUCACUGAUUUCACAAAAAAAUAAAUAAUUCAUUUAGCAUGUACAUGCUAUACUACUUAUUGGGUGUAUUUCAAAUAAUUCUAUGUUCAAGUGAUUUUGAUAAUGUAGAUAUGAAAUUCGAUAAGUAUUUACGUCCAGAUGAACCUGAUCUGCAUAUGAUGAUGGAUGAUAACACUUAUCAAAGUCAUGAACAUUAUGAUGAUUUUGGACAUUUCAAUGAAUAUGAUCAUGAUUUAGUAACUGGUUCGCACGAAUAUUCACAGAGGUUUAAAGAAUUAGAUUCUGAAGAGGCAAAAAUACAACUCGGAAAGUUAUUUCAUAAAAUUGAUACUGAUAACAGUCAGAAAAUUGAUAAAGAUGAGUUGAAAAGAUGGAUUAUUCAAUCGUUUAUUUCCCUCGAUCUUGAAGCAUCAAAACCACGUUUAAAAGAAUAUGACACAAACGGUGAUGGUCUACUUACAUGGUCUGAGUAUACAAACAAAAUUUAUGGUUACACAGCUCAAGAAUUGGAGGAUUUUCGAAAAGACAGCAAAAAUGAAACGAAAUUAUUCGUUCAGUCUUUAGAUGAAGAGAAGCUGAAAUUUGAUUCAGCCGAUCAAGACAAAAACGGUUAUCUCAAUGAAACUGAAUUUGUUGCAUUCGAACACCCACACAAUUAUCGUCAUAUGGCACCGUAUGAAUUGAAACAUACUUUAAGAGAUUUUGACAAAGACAAGGAUGGAUUUAUUAGUGAAGCAGAAUAUUUAGCAGAUGACAAGAUGAACAAAGAUGCAUUCAUAAUAGAAAGAGAAAACUUUAAAAAUUAUGAUGUUAAUGGUGAUGGCAAGUUAGAUCAAGAUGAAAUGGCACUGUGGAUUACACCAGGUUUUGAGAAGACAUCUGCAGAUGAAACUGAACAUUUAUUCAAUGCCACUGAUAAAGAUAAAGACGGUUUACUAACUAAAGAGGAAGUUCUUGAUCAACAAGAUUUAUGGGUCGGAAGUCAAGCUACGGAUUAUGGAAGACACUUAGGAGAUAUGCCUAAAGACGAAUUAUAAUAACCAUCUGAUCAGCUGCUUUUUGUUUCAAUAAAUUUUAUGAUACAUUU